UGCUCCAUGGACCCCAAUGAGCUCCAAGCCUAUCACAGUAUUCAUGGAAACGGAUAUUUUUCCGCACCCCACGCAACGCCAGGCUUGAUUCCCCGCAGUCUUUGCUACCGUACUCGGAAGAUUCCGGCCCACACAUUUCUUUGCAGCUGGACCGAUAGACCGGCAUUCCGAUUCUGACUAGGACGCGAGAAAGGCUUGACGAUCCUGCCUGUUCGUCUGCCAGUGCGGUGGAGUUUACGAAUGAUGUUACUCGAUCCUGACUCCGUGCCUGUCGGAAUCUCGGCUGGUUGAUGAGUCUGCAUCCCAUCGCCGAGUCAGCCUUUAUUGCAACUGUCCCGCAGAAGCAACACAUGUCGGCGCGACAACUCUCACGAUGUUGGAACUCGAGACUCCAGAUGGCUACGACCAGGCUCGAGCACGGCUGCAGGAAUGGGACAGUGACGACGACCCUGGCAAUCCCCGGAACUGGUCUACUCUCAGGAAGACCCUGACCACCACGGUCAUCGGCCUGAUUGGGUUCGCGACGACUGUCAAUGCCUCCAUCUACUCGCCGGGCCAUGAGCAGGUCCAGAAGCAGUUCAAUGUCUCGACGACUGUCUCUCUGCUGCCUCUCUCUGCGUACUCGCUGGGACUGGCUUUCGGGCCUAUGAUCUCGUCGCCGCUGUCUGAAACGUUCGGUCGCAAAUUCGUCUACCUGCUGACCCUGCCACUGGUUGAUCUCUUCACGAUAGGCGUGGGCUCAUCCCAGGGCAUUGCGUCGCUGAUUAUAUGUCGCUUCCUCGCUGGCGUGUUUGCUGCCCCUGGGGUUUCCGUCGCCGCGGCCACAAUCACCGACUAUACGCACCCCUCGCAAAGAGUCAUCCCUCUGGGGAUAUACUACGCCGUGCCUACAAUCGGCAGCUCGAUGGGUCCUUUGAUUGGAUCUUUCGUCGUCGAAGCCCGAGGCUGGCGCUGGACAGCAUGGACACCGCUCAUCAUGGCCGCCGUGUUACACCCUCCAGCCCUCUUCAUCCGGGAAUCAUACAAGCCCAUCCUCCUACGCAGGAGAGCAGAGAAACUCGGCGGCGAAGGCGUCCUCCCAGUCCAAACACGCACAGCCAUGCAGCUAUUUAAAGAAUUCAUCACAUCCACCAUCGUCCGGCCCCUGCACAUGCUGUUCACCGAACCCCUCGUCGGCUUCAUCUGCCUCUACUGCGGCUUCCAGUUCGCCCUCCUCUACACCUUUGUCGUCGCCAGCCCCCGCGUCUUCGCCUCCGUUUAUAACUUUUCCCCAGGCGCCCAGGGCCUCUCCUUUCUCGGCAUGGUCGUCGGCUGUAUCUUCGCCCCCUGCAUCCUCUUCAUCGUCGACCGCCUCGUCCAGCGAAACCCCUCUCUGCGUAUCAGGAACAACAACACCGAAGGCUCCGCCUCUUUUUCUCCAGAGCUAAAACUCUACACUUCAAUGUUCGGCUCCCUCGUCCUCCCAACCGGCCUAUUCGUCUUCGCCUGGACAUCUACCCCCUCCAUCCACUGGAUCGUACCUAUUCUCGCCCAGGGCGCCACUUUCCUGGGUAGUAUGCUCAUCUAUAUCCCGUGCAACUUCUACAUGCUCGACGUGUAUGGCUCGAAAUAUGGAGCGUCGGCCAGCGGCGCGUCAUCCUUAACUCGGUACGCCCUUUCAACUGCCUUUCCGCUCUUCGUGCCCCAGAUGUAUGAUGCCCUGGGCGUGGGCUGGGCGACGAGUCUGCUAGGGUUUAUAGCGGUGGUCAUGGCGCCGAUUCCGUGGUUGUUCUUCUAUAAGGGGCCGAAGUUGAGGGCUCGGAGUGCGUAUGAGCAUGGGACUUAGCCUGACUUGGCUUUUGCGGGUUUGUGUAUAGAUUGCAUGUUAUAUAGCCCUAGAUCUCCACUCUGUUUAGAAUAAUAUAUUUCCUUCUGUGUCGU